AUGUCGCCGACCUGUCACGCGUGCGGCCAGCCCCUCGGCCAGAUCAGAGCUCCCCUUCUCAAUCUCAUCCCGCCGUCAGAAGACGCCCUCACAACGGAAAAGAAGAAAGAGAUCAAGUUAAACGAGACGGCAAAAGUCCACAACACGAUCGGCCCAGGGCUGCCCACGAUGCUUGGAACCCUACUUGACUACGUUCAAGAUUGGAUUCCUGGCUACCGCUUUGUCAAGAGAGUGCUCAACAACUUUUACCGAAAGACAAGUCCUACGACGGCUCUUGCGAUUUCUCCGGUUCAUACGGUUGCAUCCUCUGACCCCAUCGAGCAAAAGCGAAAAAGGCCGAAACACAAGAAAAAGACCAGAAAUACUCCGACAAAACCCGUUCAAGGAAAACCCCCCAAGUCCAAGCUGCCAGUGCCGGCCUCGACCUCCGAACAAACCUGCCGUAGGUGUCAUCAAGUCUUCAGAUCGAGAAAGGAACUGUUCAUGCACCUCAACGCCUGUCGGACUUCCUCAGGAUCAGCGUCGGUCGCAUAGGAAUGGAACAGCUUGUGAGAUUCCAUUGAUAGCUGGAGCAAAGGGUCGGGGUUCUGGUACAAUGACUAGGGCCACCUAUCCUUCUGGGCUCAGGACCAUUGCUCAGAAUUGGGGAGGACAAACUCGAUGAUCAGACAAAGGUUGUAUCUAUUUCUGCCGAUGCCGAAGGAAUGACUGAAUUGAAGGAGGGGAAUGGCAUUACGUGUAGUGAUGGCGCAUGUUAUAAUGGGACCAGAGUACACGGAGCAACGGAGGAUGAGGAGCGAACUACAUUUCAGCCGA